AUGGCAGCUAGGUAUGAUCUCAUCAAGUGUAUCAAUGCUAGUCCAGUGCAUAAGGUGUGGAAGCUCAAAGUACGUGUCAUUAGACUUUGGACCGUUUUUCAAUUUGCAAAAUCUGGAAUGAAGGCACCUAUUGAGAUGGUUGUCCUUGAUGAAGAGGGGGAUACAAUUCAAUGCACUGUAAAAGACAUAUUUGUUCCUAUGUUCGAGGGCUUACUCGCUGAGGGCAAUGUGGGUGGACAGAAAUUAAGGGUAACGUUUUGGCAGUCUUUUGCUUCUGAUUUGCUCAAAUAUCUAGAGGAACACCCGUGUCUUACCUAUGUGGUUAUUCUCCAAAUGGGCAAGAUAAAAUUUUAUAGUGGGGUCAUGGGUGUUUCCAACACAAACUACAAUUCGAAACUGUUUAUUAAUGUUGAGUUUCCAGCUGCCAGGGAUUUCUUUGCGAGGGUGAACAAAUUGGAUCCUGUUGACGGACAAGGCAUAAUGCCGCUGGUCUGUGAUCAACCUGUUUCAGUUGAGAAAGAUUUUUUGCGUCUGUCAGUCGACAAAACAAUUGCCGAGAUAAAGGAGCAUAAUCAGGAUGCUGUAUUUGUUACAGCCGGGACGAUUAAAGAAGUUGAGACCGAGUUUGGUUGGUGGUACAAAGGAUAUAAGAAGUGUCGUCGUGGCUUAAGGGAACUUGAGAAAAGAUAUUUCUGUCCCAAUUGCAUUAGAGACUACGGAUUCUAUGAGUCAAGGUACAACAUCCACAUAAGGGUGAUAGACCACACUGAUGCUGCCUCUUUUGUUUUGUUCGAUGGAGAAGCUUUAAAUUUGAAGGGUGUUGAGAAAAAUUCUUGUCCUGAAGAGAUUAAUAAGCUUAGGAAUAUUAAGUUCAUCUUCAAAGUGCAACUCAAGAUGAGGAAUCUGAACUCUUAUGAACCAUAUGUGAUGGUCUAA